GCCUUUGGCGCUCAACCUCUCCUCGCUCUGCUGCUUUAGUUUCAACCACUACUGAGGGUCAGGGGCUAAGUAGAACAAUAAGUCUUAGCAAGUCUACGACCCCUUUGUUGAAUCGCAGGAAGGAGAAGAAGAACCGGAGAUGGCAGAGAACGGGAUGAAGGCGUUGGAGGAGAAGCAUCACCGGAAGGCAUUCGGCUUGGCUGCCAAAGAUACUUCUGGCAUCCUUUCCCCAUUCAUUUUCUCCCGAAGGGCAAAUGGGGACAACGAUGUUACCAUAAAGAUACUAUACUGCGGUAUUUGUCACUCGGAUCUUCACAGCGCCAAAAAUGACUGGAAAGGAACUGUCUACCCACUUGUUCCAGGGCAUGAGAUUGCUGGUAUUGUCAUUGAGGCUGGGUGCAAUGUUCUCAAGCUCAAAAUUGGUGACACAGUGGGGGUUGGAUGCUUGGUAGGUGCUUGUCGUUCUUGCGAAAAAUGCGUCCAACAUAAGGAGAACUACUGCCCCAAGCUGGUAUUCGCCUACAACUCGAUUGACAUUGAUGGAAAAAUCACCUAUGGAGGCUACUCGAACAUCAUCGUUGUCGACGAGCAUUUUGUGGUGAAGUUCCCUAAAAACUUUCCCAUAGACCGAGGUGCGCCAUUGCUCUGUGCAGGGAUAACAGUAUACAGUCCCAUGAAGAAUUUUGAGCUCGACCAGCCUGGAAAGCACAUUGGCGUUGUUGGACUUGGAGGACUUGGCCAUGUUGCUGUUAAGUUCGGUAAGGCCUUUGGGAUGAAGGUCACUGUCAUCAGCACAUCCCCUUGGAAGAAAGAGGAAGCCAUCAAGUCAUUGGGUGCAGAUGCUUUUGUUGUCAGCAGUGAUGCUGAGCAGAUAAAGGCUGCACAGGGUACUAUGGAUGGAAUCAUCAACACAGUAUCAGCCAAACAUGCACUAUUGCCACUGAUACUUUUGUUGAAAUCUGAGGGGAAAAUGAUCAUGGUUGGGGCGCCUGAGCACCCACUUGACUUACCAGCUCUUCCUCUGCUCUUAGAAGGGAAGAUCUUGGCUGGAAGCUGCAUUGGUGGAAUGAGGGCUACUCAGGAAAUGCUAGAUUUCGCUGGGGAUCACAACAUAGCUGCUGAUAUCGAGCUCAUCAGCACUGACUAUGUGAACCAGGCCAUGGAGAGGCUUGCCAAGGGUGAUGUUAGAUACAGAUUUGUGAUUGAUGUCGGUAAUACCUUAGCUGAAGCUUAAGAAAUUAUGGUUUGCGCUUGGGUGGUGAGUAGAAUUACCAUAUCUCUGUCAGCUUUGUCACCUUUUUUUAUGGUUCUGGUUUCUACAAUAUGGAGCUAUGAAAAUAAGAUUGUCUUGUGGUUGAUGGAAUUAUUGUAUGUUCUGAAACUUCGGACAUAGUUACAGUUACUUUCUGCUUUUACAUGUCUUGGUGUUAUUGGUGCAAGAUUUGAUCAUAUAACACGAGGGAAGAUAUAUGCA